CGCGCUGCUCCGCCGCAGACCGCAGUCGCACUUUGCCGCAGUCGCAGUCGUGAAACCAACGUCAAAGGAGUACGGUGUUAGAAAAUGGCGGCAUUUCGCUACACGCACGCCGUGGUCUGCCGGCUGCCGCUAUCGCUGGCCUCGCGCGGCGACGUCGACGCGGAGGCGGCUCGCGAGCAGCACGAACGCCUUGUGCGGCUGCUGCGCGAGCUGGGGCUGGACGUGGUGGAGCUGCCGGCAGACGAGGCGCUGCCAGAGAGCGCUUUCGUGGAGGACACGGCGGUGGUGUGCAACGGGACGGCGCUGAUCGCAAGGCCGGGGGCCGAGCAUCGCAGGAGAGAGACAGAUACAAUUCGAGUAGUCCUGAAAAAAGAGCUAGACCUUCCUAUUAUUGAAAUGUCUGAUGCCAAUGCUAGACUAGAUGGUGGAGAUGUAUUAUUCACAGGUCGAGAGUUUUUCGUGGGAUUGUCUCAAUGGAGCAAUGAAGGAGGAGCAAGAGCAGUUGCAGCAGCUUUUCCAGAAUACCCUUGCACCCCCCUAAAGGUGCCGGAGAGCAAACACCUCAAAACGCUGAUCACCAUGGGCGGGCCAGAUCUUCUGUGCGUGGGGGCUGGCAAAGAAGCCCAAGAAGUCCUCAAGCGGAUGGAGAGGGAGGCGACGUACAGAUAUGAAACGCUUACUCUACCUGAAGAUGAAGCAGCCAACGUCCUGUACUUGAACGGUACGCUCGUCCAUCGCAGUAUCGAGGAGAUACCGCAGUCCUUCAAGGUGUUUGGUGAUAAAAUUGACUACCCCAGAAGAUCGAUAAACGUCUGUCAGCUAGCGAAACUCUCUUGUGGACUAUCUUCGAGUUGUUUAUUGGUCAGGAGGACCCGUCAUUUAAGGAAUCUCUAAAUUUAAUGAAUGUACAGUGUAUCCCAUUUUCGAUGAUCUUACGAGAUAUCUCAUCAGUCUCUGUUAGAAAU